CAGUCGACCAUUUGCCUCCUCCGACCAUCAAUAGGAAAAACUUAUACACUCCCUAUGCUAAACUGAUUGAAUCAAUAUGGUAGCUCUGCAGUCAAAACUCAAAUUGCCACCCUCUACAGAGACCGUUUCGGUUUCUCUCAUUGACACUGGUGCACGGCUGGACCUUCCUGCAGAACAGUUCAUGACUCCCAAGAUCCCUGGCUAUGACCGGCUGGCAGUACCAUCGUAUUCAUUUUUGAUCACUCACCCUUCCGGACAAAGAUUACUGUUUGACCUCUCCCUUCGAAAAGACUUUCAGAAUCUUGCUCCACCCUUCAGGGACCGUUGCACAGACCCUGAAAGUGAUUGGAAAGUCUACGCCCCUCACAGCGUCUCUGACGUUCUUGUUGAGAAUGGCGUCCCAUUGGAGGAAAUCAACGCCAUUAUCUGGUCUCAUUAUCAUUUUGAUCACACUGGUGACCCUUCCUUAUUUCCCGGUACUACAGAUUUGGUCGUGGGGCCAACCUUCACCAGCAGAUUUGCACCAGGAUACCCAGAAAAGCCGGAUGCGCCGGUCAGAUCGUCCGACUGGAGAGGACGGUCUCUGCGGGAGAUGGACUUUGACCAGCACCCUGGGAAGGUAACCAUUGGAAGAUUCAAAGCAAUCGAUUGGUUUCGCGAUGGAUGCUUCUAUCUCCUGCACACACCAGGUCACACUCCAGAACAUAUGUGCGGCCUCGCGAGAGUACAGCCUGAUUCGUUUAUUCUGAUGGGAGGGGACUGUGCUCACCAUCCCGGCGAGUUCCGACCAUCCAAGCAGAGCCCUAUCCCGGAGAUCAUUCAGCCCUCGCCAUUGCCGUCUCUUCCGCAGUACGAAAGAAAUUGUCCUGGUCAUAUAUUCACCCAGCCAGGGUACAAGUCAGGAAGUACCGAUACGCCUUUCUUUAUAUCUGCUCCAGAGUAUACUCAUGAUUCUGACCAGUGCUGCUGGACUGUGGAUGGAAUAGCGGAGUUCGACGCUAGUGAGCAGGUUCUGGUCCUUGUUGCUCAUGACCACAGCAUGUUGCCCGUCUUGAAGGGCGAGGAGGAUGGUAUUGGCUGGUUCUUCCCGAAGAGAUCAUUGGAUAAGUGGAAGGGUGCUGAUUUGAAGAAGAAGGGGAAGUGGCUGUUUCUAGGAGAUUUUGAGAUUACUUCUACUGAGAAUUGAUGUUAAUUCACGAUGAUGUUGUUAAACGCUAUGAAGCAAAGCUUAGUUAUACUUACUAUUGAUUGGUUAUUAUUAUUAUUUCACUUUUUUUUCCAAGAAAACAAAAUGAACUUCAACAGUGGAUCUCUCGUUGUGCAUUGCAAUCUAGCGGAAUCUUGCCCUUCUGCAGGGUGUAAGUGCAACUCUUAGUGUUAC